CCCUCCCGGCACGCCGGCCGUUCGCUCCGCAGCAGCCGCACACCGAGUCAAGGCCGCUGUCGGGAGUUCCACUCCCUUCCCCUCCCCUCCCCUAUCCCUGCUCGGGGCCCGACACAGCCCUCUGGGUGCUUCCCUCGUUUCUGUCGCGGAAUGAAGAGGAUCUUCGGGUUCGGAAGGAAGAGGAAAGGGCAGCCGCCGCCCGGCAGCGCCUCCCUGCCCUGCCCCGCCGGUGCCUACGAGCUCCGGGAGAAGGACCUGGGCAAGCUGCACCGUGCGGCCGCCAGCGGCGACCUGGCCCAGGUGCGGCAGGGACUGAGGAAAUACAGCAUCGACGGGAGGGACAAGGCGGAUCGGACACCUCUGCAUCUCGCUUGUGCAAGUGGCCAUGUGGAUGUAGUUACAUAUCUAGUAGAAAACCGGUGUAAGCUAAAUCUUUUUGACAAUGAUAACAAAUCACCACUGAUGAAGGCAGUACAGUGCCAGCAAGAAAAAUGUGUGGCUAUUCUACUAGAGCAUGGUGCUGACCCAAAUCUGGCAGAUGCUGAUGGCAACACUGCCCUUCACCUGGCUGUCCUAUCUCCUAAUACCACUGUAGCAGGGCUGUUACUUGAGCAUAAUGCCAAUAUUAAUGCUCAAAAUAAGGAGGGAUGUACCCCACUUAUUCUUGCUGUCUCCGAACGUCAUGAGGAGAUAAUGGAGUUUCUCCUUAAAAAAGGAGCUAAUGUGCAUGCUCGAGAUCAGUGUGAAAGAACCCCACUUAUGACAGCUGCUUCUGGUGGAGAGGUUAAUUUGAUAAAAGUUCUUCUUCAGUAUGGUGCUGAUGUUUCCCACAAAGACACUAAUGGAUGGACAGCUGAGGAUUAUGCUGUUAUUCAUGGAUAUUCUAGUCUUAGUAAGCAACUGGGAGAAUAUGCAGACUGGGAAAACACAGUUUCUGCAGGUGGUGCACAGGGCAUCGCGGUACCUGGCACUCCGCACCGGGCAGGAGCCGCUGCCUUUAUGCUGGGUGCACCUGCUGUGGACAGAGGAGGAAUGCAACAGUCUCCUAACCAGACAUCAAGAACAGGAAAAUCAAGGAAAGCAGCAGAUGACUUUUCCCAAGGAGACUCAAUAAGAACCUCCGAGAAAGAGGGAAGCGAUGACAGUUGGCAUACCUCUGAGGAAGAGGAACUCGAUUUUACCCCCAAGAAGCUGCAGAAGCCAAACUUGACACUGCUAAUGAAUGCUUCACAGCACUUCAGGAAAAACAAUGAUGAUGAUGGUUCUAGAAUUGAAAGUCCUAAGUCACCAAAGAAAAGUCUCAAACAGCAAAUCCUAUCGGAUGCAAACCUGAACAAAGGAGGCAGUGAAGAAUUGUUUAAUCAAGAUGUCUCAGCUGCAAGUAACCUGGAGGAAGAAGAAUUGGAGGAGGAGGAAGAAGAGGAGGAGGAGGAAGAUGAUGAUGAAAAUCACAAUGGAGAUGAUGAUGAAGAUGAUGAGGAGGAAGAGGAGGAGGAUGAAGAUUUUACUGAAGAUGAAGAGGAGGAGGAAGAGCUGGAAGAUGAAGAAGCUCAGUCUAGUGAAAUACUGGAAGAGGAGCAGGGAGAAAAAACAGAACCUAAAGGUGAAAUUAAUGGGAAAUUAGAGUAUUUUAGUAAAGCUAAAUAUGAAGAGGAAGCUCAGUGUGAAACUGGAGCUGUCUGCAUUGAUGAUAAAAUAAGUAAAGAACAUGAUGAAAAGGGGGAGGAAUCUGUUGAUACUCCUGUGUCUUUCAUAGCUGGGUGUUAUGAAAGGUUGCAAGAAAAUAAAACAUCAGCGUCUCCAAAGAUCAUGAAUAAUGAAGUAUCUUGCAAGUCAGUACCAAAACAAGCUGUCUUUCAAAAUCUAAAUAAUCUGCAAGAUACACAAGAAAGCUGGAACAGGAAAAGCAUGAUUCAGGAGAAGUUUCCCAGAAAUGCUGACUCUUGUUUUGUAAAUUCUGAAAGGACAGACUGGAAAAAAGAGAUACCUCAGCCUCUCGCAGAUAGUUGUGGUCCUAAGGAGAAAAAGUCAAGCUUCAGUGAUGACUUUGAAAGUGAUAAUAAUUCUUGGUCAGCAGCAAAAAAUCCAGGACUUGAAAGAGAAAUACCAAGCUCUGUUAUUGUUGAUCGUGUGAGUGAUGAAGAUACUGAAGAAGAGCAAUAUGAAGGAGCAGGUGGUAAAAUUUGUGACUCACUGAAACAAGAAAGCGAAAACUUGCGCUUAAAUAGACAUGAAGAAAAUUUGAGAGCAUUUCAUUCAAGCACCAAAGAAGAAUCACCUGAACAGGAAGAAGAAGUUGAGAAGCAGGAGAAGGAAGACACUGGUGAAAAGCUACAAACUACAGUUGCUGAGGAUGUGAAAAAUUCUGUUUGUAAUGAUAUCUGUGAAGUUCACAAUGCUUCAAAAGACAACUCAGGUACCCUGCCAACAGUGAGAGCAGAGCAAGAGGAAGAUGCUGAAUCUCCCUGGGAUUCUGAGGCAGAUUCUCAAAGUCUGAGAAAAGUAUCAUCCAGUAUGUUGCUCCCAGCUGCAGAGAGACACGGAGUAUGCUCCCAUAUUGUUUCAGGGGAACACAACAAUGGUUUUUUUGAGAAACCCAACAAUUCGCAGCUGAAGACUCCCAAAUCUGCUUUGGAAAUUGAUGAAACCUCUCCUAAAAACAGACAGCAGAAGUCAGAUCUAUUGCAGGAAUUGGGUUUAGAAGAUGCCGAGGACAUUGAAGGUGAGUUCUCAGGAUCUACCUUUCAUAUGUCAUCAUCAACUGAAAAAGAUGAUGUCAAGGAUGCCCUUGAAAACUAUGGGGUGUGGGAUAAAUGUAUUUUAGAAACUACCAACUUGAUAGAAAAAGGAGCACAUGAAAAUCAGACUGACAAAGCAGAAAUUUCACAUCAGGAAGCCCUAGCAGAAAAUGAGGAAUCGCACAGUGCUGAUAAGGAGUUAAGUCUGAAACCUUGGGAAGAAAGAUAUGAAAAACUGUGGAUUGAAAAGGAGAAAAGAGAAUUGAAAACAAAUUUUAAAAACAUUACAGCAGAAUUGAAGCAGUUGUUUGGUGAAAAUGAAACUGGGAAGACUGCUUCCCAUGUGAAAGAAAUACCAGAAGAUGGCUUUGGUGAAAGAUUGAAGAGUUCUUUCAUUAUUUCAUCUCCUGUGACAGAAUCAAGCAGUAAGUUAGAAAGCAAAGGUGAAUUUGGAGAUACUAAACUUAUCCUAGAUGGAAAAGUACCCCAAAUGAAAAUUGUAAUUCCGAGUCUUGGUAUCCUUCCUGAUGAAAAUAGUGUAAAGGCAAAUGUGGAAGAUACCUGGAAUAGAGAUGAAGAAGAUGGCACUAACAAUAUGGAUAACAGAAAGGUGUCUCUGGCAAAAGGAGAGAAAAAGAGAAUGCCUACUUUCGAAAUAGAAGAGAAUGAUAGUGGAAGUAGUGAAAAUGCAGAGGAAGGUCCUGCAUACUCCCUGAGACUUAGCUUAAAAUCAAGUAUUUUGAGUGACAUUUCUAAUACUCUUCCUAAAAUAAGAGCUGUUUCUACAAGUGAUGAAAAUGCAGUUUUUGUAACAGAAAGGAAACUUGAAAAAUACUCUGGAUUUAAUGAUGAUGUUCACAGGGACUGCCUUAUCAACAGUAAUAAUAUAGGAGAAACAGAAAUUGAAAGUCUUUUUGCAAAUGCUCAGCAAUCUUGUGGCAUGCUUGAAAGGAAUCUUGAUGAAGAACUAAAACAAGAUAUGGAAAGAUUUAAGAGUAAGGUAGGAAUGCUGCAAAAAGUAUUCCUGGCUUUGGAGAAAGAGAAGGCACAGCUGCAAAAAGAGGUUGAGAAGGAAAAAAGCAAACAAAGAUGUUUGAAAAUGCAGAAGGUGGCAAAACAGGAAGAUGCUGCUAAAUUAAGUACGCCGCCAGACAACAUUACUAAUAAGGAAAUGAAAGAAAAGCUUACUCUAAGGAAGAAUGACUAUCUGAAAAUGGAGAAUGAAGACAGUACAGAAGAAAAGGACAAAAAGAAUUUUUCAGCUGAGGAGAGGUCAAAAUUAAUUAAAAGGCCACUGAAAGGUGAAUUUGCCCUGAAUCCCGAAGUUGCAAAGAUGAAUAAAAGACAGACUUUGAAGCAGACAGAUAAUCAGCAGAUGAGCUCCUCCAGUCGGAAUCAUUUUCAAACACAGGAGGAUAGCACUUUCAGUGAAACAUCUCAAGCUGAAGAAAGACCUGCAGCAAAAACAGGGAGUGAAAAGAACAAGGUCGGCAUGGAUGUAACUGAUGACCUUGAUUUAACUCACUCAUCUGACACAACUUCAGAGGAUGUUGCAUUACCAACAUCCACCUACAAAGAGGCUUUGCUGCUGUUAGAGCAGCUCAGCGUGGAUCAUACAGGUUCUGCUAUUUUACUGAAAAUUCAAAACAUACUUCUUAAAUAUGAACAAAUAAUAGAACAUGAAAAAAAUCGGUAUACAGCUGUCUGUAAAGAAGUAAGAAAAUUGGAAAGUGAAAAGGAGGAAUCACAAUUAAUAGCAGAAGAGACUCAAGAUUUGAAAUCUAUAUUGGCUCAUCAAGAAGUGGAAUGGAAAAGUGAUAUCCAAAGCCUUAAAUUUACUUUGAAACAAGAAGAGGAAAAGAGGGUCAGAGUAGAAGCACUCUAUGAGAAAACAAGAGAAAAACUCAUAAGGCAAGAAGAGCAAUAUUGUAAAGAGGUGGAGGAGAAACAGCAACUUGAGUUACAAUCAAGAAAUUUAGAAAUGGAGUUAAUAACACUGAGAAAGCUCUUGAAACAGGUUGAAGAAGAGCGUGAUGAAACCCAGAGACAGCUCUCUCAGGAAAAGAGUGCCAGAGCCCUGCAAGAAAGCAUUUUGAACAACCACCUUUGGAGACAAAAGGAACUAGAAGAAGAGACAAGAAGAACUAUAGGAAAAAAUUCAGAUGAAUCCGACACUGAAAGAGAAAAGGAUCUGUUGUACAAAAAUCAGUUACUGCAAGAUGAGAUUGCUGUGCUAAGACUAGAACUUGAUCAAAUAAGACUUAGGCACCAGGAGGAAGAAGGAAAAUAUUUAGAGGAAAAUGAAACCUUGAAAGAAAAAAACGAAGAUCUCAAAAAGGAACUUAAACUUAAUGAGGAAGCCUUAACACAAACAGUUUUUCAGUACAAUGGACAGCUGAACUUACUAAAGACAGAAUCUGCAAUGCUAACUUCCAAACUUGAGCAAACAAAAGAAAGCAAAGACAGACUAGAGACAGAAAUUGAAUCAUUUCGUUCCCGCCUGAACACCACUGUUCAAGAGCUUGAACGUCAUCAGUCAUCAAAAAGUGAUGCCGAGCGAACGUUCCAGAGAGAACGUGAUGAAUGGCUUCGCUUGCAAGACAAGCUGCAUCAUGACCUCUCUGAUGUGCGAGAAACCAACAAGAGCUUGUCUCAGCAGCUGAGUAAAGCUGAAAGCAAAGCUAAUGGUCUAGAAAAUGAACUUCACCAGUUGAAACAAAUGCUCAGAGAAAAAAUAAUGCUUUUAGAAAUGACACAAAAAGAAUUAAGUCAAGCCCAGUGUCAGGCAAAGGAAUACGAUCAGGCUCGACAACUCGAGAAAGAUCAAGUAAGCAAACUUACAAUAAAGCAGGAAUCCAUGCAGGAGCGAUUGGCCCAGCUCCAGAGUGAAAACCUUUUGCUCCGUCAGCAACUGGAAGAUGUGCAGAACAAAGGGAUCAUCAAAGAAAAAGUAGUGAAUGAUGUACAGGAUCGGUUUAAUGAUAUUUUCAACAAACUCAGAGCUGAUACUGAAAAGCAAGUUUACCUCGUGGAAGAGAGAAACAAGGAAUUAAAUGCCAAGUGUGCUGAUUUAAGAGAACAAGUCUUCAAAUAUGAGACUGACAAAAUAGAGAGAGAGGGCAUGGUCAGACAGCUGCAGCAGGAGCUUGCUGAUGCUCUUAAAAAGCAAUCUAUGUCAGAAGCUUCACUUGAAGUUACUACACGCUAUCGCAGUGACCUGGAGGAAGACAAGCUGCGCUUGCAAAAGGAAUUGGAAAAGGUUAAAACCAAGGUUCACAACCGCCUGGAAGACUUGAUAACUAGCUUACGGACAUCACAGGCAGCUGCAGAGGACCACCAUAAGCAGGUGCAAAACCAGAAUGCACUGGCUCUGACAUCGAAGGAUUUGCAGAGCAUGUGGGAAGAGCAAUUUAAGUCAAGAUCCAACCUCGAGGAGCGUGUUGCUCAGCUUGACAGGGAAAAGGCAGAGCUCUUUGAACAGUGUGAGAGUGAAAGAAAGAAAGUGAAGAAACUGGUCGAGUUGAAACGCCCAGUCGAACUGCGUCUGGACCAAGAAAUGAAAAGAAACUUAGAACUGCAGAAAGACUUUAAGAGGUUGAAGAGACUUCUGAGUAGAGCUACAAAGAAACUAAGAGUGUAUGAAGAAAGAGAAAUGGAAUCCCAGCUUAAUUUGCAGGGAGAAAUGAAGAACAGAUAUUCUGAAAUGGUCAGUGAAGUUGGUAGAUUAAGACCAAAGAUCGAUGAACUUUCCCAGCAACUGGACAUGAAAUCUAAAAAAUGCAUGCAGCUGGAAGCCAAAAAUCAGGACUUGCAAGAAGAGCUGUCCACCCUGCGUGGAAAGUGUGAAAACCUGGAGAAGAACAAAUGCCAGCUGAAAGAGGAGGUGGCAAAACUCCAGCAUCAUUCAGACACUAACAUGGUGGAUCGUAGCCAAAUAGAACAGUAUAAGAGGGAGGUGGAAGAACGAGCUGGACAAGAAAUAAGACAAAAGCUACAAGAAGUCAAUCUGUUUUUGCAAGCACAGGCAGCCUCCCAAGACAGAUUAGAACAAAUCAGAGCCAGUCAUCAUGCUUCACUGAGAAACCAGCUAAAAGACAGAAUUAGAGAUCUUGAAUGUGAACUGGACAGGAUAAAAAAUACCCAACAAGACAGUACUUUUCAAAAAGAAUCCGUGCAGGCAGAGGUGGAAAAGUACAAAGAGCUCUAUCUGGAGGAAGUGAAAACCAGAAAAAGCCUGGCAAAGAAACUGGAAAGAGCUAAUGAGAGACUUGCAGAGGCCAACACUAAGCUCCUUCGGGAGCGCCACAGAAGCAAAUCUUUAAUCACAAGCAGCAUUGUCAGUGGACAUCUGGCUGCAAGUCCGGUACUGUAUUCAACUGGUCUGGGACAUCUUGGAAACAGUUUGGGACUGAACAGAAGUCUCAGUCUUGGAGGAAACUUCCUAAGCCCAACAGAAAACACAUUAUCAUCAAGAAACAGGGUUGAAGCAUAUGUGGCCAAGGUACGACAGGAACUGGAUGAAAAAAUCACUAGAGAACUUCAACAAGAAUGGGUGAGUUUGGAAGGGACAUCUGGAGGUCAUCAGGUCCAGCCCCCCUGCUGAAGGAGGAGCACCUAGAGGCAGUUGCCCACAUCUGGGUUGGCUUUUGAAUACCUCCAAGGAGGGAGACUCCAGAGAGUCCAUGGGCCGUCUGUGAUAGUGCUCAGCCACGCACACAGUACACUUGAAUACCAUGAGAGGGAAUUGGGCACAAACUCAGUACCUUUUCACAGUAUUGAUGUUGAUUUCUGUUUUAAAAAUUGCUGCAGCUUCAGACAUUUGCAGCUCUUGCAUCAAAACCUGUGGUGCACCUGAAACAUUUCUAAUUCAAGGGAAAAAAAAUUAUUUUAAUGCAUCACCUUUAAGUUUCCUCAGUACUCUCCAGAACUUCUGUGAUCAGAUAGCUAGUCUUUUUAUUGCUGCUAACAGCUGAUGAUGCGGUGUCUGUUGCCCAGCUGGUAGCCCAGAUGCGGUGGGACGUUGUGGCAACCAUACAAGCAGCUUUACUUAUUUCAGGGAAUACUAGUUGUUAAUGAAGAUCUGAGUUGUCAUUUCCCAUCCUGAAAAGUCACCAGCAAUCAGAAGAGUAUAGAACAAAGUCCCAGUUCUGGAAAAGUAAGAAUUAUUGUACUGAGAUGAAGAAGACUGGAAAAAUUUGGGGGUUUUACUGGCUAAUUCAAGGAUUUAAGAGUCAGGGAGGAAAGCAUUAAAUGCUGCUGUGACACUCUUCCUUUUUAUAUGAAUACAUUUUUGUGAAGGUAAUACACUGUAUAUAAUUUAACUUGACAUUUAAUAAACUUUGCAAUCUAGGA